CGUCACUAGUUACCACAGCCACAAAGUCAUAAACCCGGCCCAUUUGUACACUUUCUCUCUUAAACCUAAUUUUGAUCAUAAUCACACUGCUACAUGUGUCUAACCUUAAAGUAAGACCAAAAAGCGAUUUAGUGUUUUCAUGAAUCUUUACGACAUAGCCCAUUUGUCUUUGUGGCUGUGGUAACUAAGUGAUAACCCUUUUACCUUGCUGACGAGCUCUUUCCGGUGGAGACGUGGCUAGAGGUCCUUCCAUAUUGAGACAGUAAAUCAAACAGACGCAAGUUUCACUCCGCAUAAAUAUUAUAGUUUAGACACUAAUACGUGGUUUUACAUUGCGGAAACGGCACAAGGAUUUGUAGCACAAGGGAUAACAACAAAAUGGUGCUGUUAGCAGCAGCGGUGUGCACCAAGGCGGGCAAGGCCAUCGUGUCGCGGCAGUUUGUGGAGAUGACCCGGACGCGCGUGGAGGGCCUGCUGGCCGCCUUCCCCAAGCUGAUGAACACAGGCAAGCAGCACACAUUUGUGGAGACUGAGAGCGUGCGCUACGUUUACCAGCCCCUGGAGAAGCUCUACAUGGUGCUGGUCACCACCAAGAACAGCAACAUCCUAGAGGACCUGGAGACACUACGCCUCUUCUCACGCGUGAUCCCAGAGUACUGUCGGGUGCUGGAGGAAGGGGAGGUCUCGGAACACUGUUUUGACCUGAUCUUUGCCUUCGAUGAGAUCGUGGCGCUGGGCUACAGGGAGAAUGUCAACCUGGCCCAGAUCAGAACAUUCACAGAGAUGGACUCUCACGAGGAGAAGGUGUUCCGCGCAGUCCGAGAGACCCAGGAGCGAGAGGCUAAGGCAGAGAUGAGGAGAAAGGCGAAGGAGCUGCAGCAGGCCAGGCGGGACGCAGACCGUUCAGGGAAGAAGUCUCCAGGGUUCUCCGGCGGGUUCGGCAGCAUGUCCAGCAGCAGCAACGCUACCAUCAUCACAGACACCCUCAUGGAGCCAGAGAAACCCAAGGCCUCACCUGUCCCUGCCAGGGCUAGUGGUCCCAGUAAGGCCCUGAAGCUGAGUGCCAGAGGGAAGGAGGUAGAUGACUUUGUGGACAAGCUCAAGUCUGAGGGACAAGUCAUCAUGCCCAGCUCAGGGAAGAGGCCCUCCGAGGCAUCCAAAGCCCUGCCUCCACCAGUUAACACAGAGAGUGUGCACCUGCGUUGUGAGGAGAAAAUUAGCCUGACCUGUGGGAGAGAUGGAGGGCUACAGAACCUGGAGGUCCUGGGUAUGAUCACCCUCCGAGUGGCCGACGACAAGAACGGACGCAUUCGCCUCACCAUCAACAACGGUGACAAGAAGGGAGUCCAGCUGCAGACCCACCCUAACGUGGAUAAGAAGCUGUUCACCACAGACUCCGUGCUGGGCCUGAAGAACCCAGACAAGUCCUUCCCUCUGAACAAUGAUGUGGGCGUGCUCAAGUGGAGGCUACAGACCACAGAUGAGACCCUCAUACCACUAACGAUAAACUGCUGGCCCUCUGAGAGUGCCACUGGCUGUGAUGUCAACAUAGAGUAUGAGCUUCAGGAAGAAGCACUUGAACUGAAUGAUGUAGUGAUCUCUAUUCCCAUCCCGUCAGGUGUGGGUGCACCUGUGAUUGGUGACCUGGACGGAGAGUAUCGCCAUGACAGCCGGCGGAACGUUCUAGAGUGGUGUUUACCCGUGGUGGAUGUCAACAACAAGACAGGAAGUCUGGAGUUCAGCGUGGCAGGCCAGCCCAAUGAUUUCUUCCCUGUCAACGUCUCCUUCGUCUCCAAAGGAAACUACUGUGACAUAACGGUGGCCAAAGUGUCCCAGGUAGAUGGAGAGGUUCCAGUGAGGUUCUCCUCAGAGACAUCGUUCCUGGUCGACAAGUAUGAAAUACUGUAAUCUAUUCACAUACAGUAUUACCAACAAACAUCAAGAUCAGUGGAUUGACAUAUGAAAAAAUGAAAGUGAGAAGUGGACUUGAAACCCUUUUCAAAAAGAAAAACCCUUCCCACCAUGGCUUGGCUUGCCAGCAUUUAGUGUCUUUGUACAUUUUUACCAGAAAUCUAUCAACUGAUCGGUCUAUAGCUGUAUGUAUAAAGAACCACUCGAUGCACCUGCAAGAAGGAAUGGUAAAGUCAAACAGGACAACGUUAGAUAACUGUAUCCGGGUUAGGUUGGGUGGACCUGGGGGGUGAUGACAUCUGGGGUGGGCUUUGUGGAUGACCCUCUCAUUGGCCCAGUUUGUAUCAAAUCCAUUGACAGACAGAUUCUGUGAACUAUUGGCUAAUAGUUUUACAGAUAUGUCGUAAUCAUGUACGGAAAUACUCUUUGAUUACACAUACUCCAAUAAAAACAGGCUUGCGGUCCAUGGUAUAACACUACAACCACUCUUUGCUUUGGCAAGAAGUACCACAUUUUGUGAUCGAUACUGAUCUGAACUGCCUGUCUCCCGCAAGGCUAAAUCUUAGCUAAAAUUAUUAAGAUUGCAUGUUUUAUAGUUUAGCUUCGCUCGAGUUUGAAAGACCUCAUUUUUAAAUAAUUUAUUUUUCAUUACACUGAUCUGUCUACAGGCUAGUUAAUGUAUAAUGGCAUAUUUUCUUUGUGAUAUGCUAUCAAGUCAAAUGCAUGGAGUAAUUAAAUGCUGAAAUAAGUUUUUGUACCAGACCAGUACAACUCAAUCACAGUAGUUGUAUGCACUUUUUGCAAUGGCGGGAGGUCAUUCAAAGAAAAAGUCCUGUCUGAGAUUUCAACUGUUUUGAGUCUACUUAUCAAAUGGAAAUGAUCUAUCCAAGAACCAUGACCUUCUAACACUCCAAACAUCAAACCUUUUUAUAUGUCAAUUAUCAGAUGCGUUUAUCCUAAGCGUCUUGGAGUACAGUGAGUGCUUACAUAUUAUAACAUACGUAACCCCAAUGGGAAUCGAACCCACAACCCAUGCUCUUAUCAACUGUGCCACAGGAGAACCCUGUCCAUCAACACCACCCACGGUCCAACCUCAAACCAGCCCCGUUACAAUAAGCCCCCAUGGUUAUUAUGUAUGUAUGAAUGAAUGUCAGGGCUCUUCUUGUUUCAGAGUAUCUAUAUAGAUGGCCAUAUUCACCUUGACUUUGCUUAUGAAAUACAAUUGAGAGAGGGAGAAGUUAAAUAAUAUUUGUCUUUGUUGGAUUUUUUUUCUUUUGAAAUUCUGAAUUAUAUGGGAUUCAGAUUGACGGUAAAUAAGUGAAUCAGACUUUUGUAACCCUAUAGAAUAAUGAUCAUGGGUAAUUAACAUUCCAAUGUAAACAUGAAAAAGAUUAAAGUGUAUUAUAAACUCUGAA